AUGGCCAAUCUCAGGGGCAGUGAAGCUCAAAGAGCAGCUGCAGCCCCUAUCGGGGGCCAGGUGAAAGCACUAAUCUCCAACUACUCAUCUUGGCCCCUGACCUUAACCCCAGGACCCUUGACCUCUCGUUCUGGGGCCCCUGACUUCUUCCCUUGGUGCCCCAGCCGCGUCACCCCGGCGGCUUGGGCUGAGGCACCUUCGUGUUCGGACGGAGAGCCGGGGAGGCCGGCGCAGGUCUGCGGGGGGCCGAGGCCAGGACUGGAAGGUGGCGCCCUCCCGCCCCCGCCGGCCGUGACGUCAGAACCGGACCGGGUAAAGCGAGCGGCGGCUGCGGGGUGCUGGGGGUGGAGACUGAAACCCGGAGCAGCGCUGACGGACCGAGCUCACGGCACAAGACAGGCAGCCGCCGGCGACCCCGAGGUAAUGGGUGAAGCGGGGGCCGGGGGGGGCGGGGAAGAACGCCAGCGCCGCGCGGGGGUCUCCGGGGCGGCCCGGGCGAACAGGGGCUCGGGACGCACGGGGCGCGGGGUCCCGCGGCGCCUUCCGAACGCUCGGUGGGAGGAGGGGGACCUCGGGGGCGGCAGAGAACGGGACGGCACCCUACGGGCUCCAGUUGUGUUUUUGUCCGCAGUCCCUAUCAUCCCGAGCUACCUGUAUAGCAUCCACCACGAGAAAAACACCACGGAAAUCCAGACAGCCAAGCCGGUGCUCCCAGCCUCCACCUCAGGCAGCUUCCAGAACAUCUUCUCUUACUAUGACAACACCACCAUAGUCACGGGGAACAGCACGGGAGAACUUCACGGGGGGCUGUCACAGCCGGCCGCCACUCCGCACACGGUGACGAACACAUCCGCUGCGCCUUCGGACUGUCCCAGUGAGGACAAGGACCUCCUGAAUGAAAAUGUGCAAGUUGGCCUGCUGUUUGCCUCUAAAGCCACCCUCCAGCUCCUCACUAAUCCCUUCAUAGGAAUGUUGACCAACAGAGUCGGCUAUCCAGUUCCAAUGUUUGCGGGGUUCUGCAUCAUGUUUGUGUCAACGAUUAUGUUCGCCUUCUCCAGCAGCUACGCCUUCCUGCUCUUCGCCAGGUCACUGCAGGGCAUCGGCUCUUCCUGCUCGUCUGUCGCUGGAAUGGGCAUGCUGGCCAGUGUGUACACGGAUGACGAAGAGCGAGGCAACGCCAUGGGCAUCGCCCUGGGAGGCCUGGCCAUGGGGGUGCUAGUGGGCCCCCCCUUUGGGAGCGUGCUGUACGAGUUUGUGGGGAAGACCGCUCCAUUCCUGGUGCUGGCUGCUCUGGUGCUCUUGGAUGGCGCUAUUCAGCUGUUCGUGCUCCAGCCGUCCAGGGUGCAGCCGGAGAGCCAGAAGGGGACGCCGCUAACCACACUGCUGAAGGACCCCUACAUCCUCAUCGCUGCAGGGUCCAUCUGCUUUGCCAACAUGGGGAUUGCCAUGCUGGAGCCAGCCCUGCCCAUCUGGAUGAUGGAGACCAUGUGUUCCCGCAAGUGGCAGCUGGGCAUUGCUUUCUUGCCAGCUAGCAUCUCUUAUCUCAUUGGAACCAAUAUUUUUGGGAUGCUCGCACACAAAAUGGGGAGGUGGCUUUGCGCUCUUCUAGGAAUGAUAAUUGUUGGAAUCAGCAUUUUAUGUAUUCCUUUUGCAAAAAACAUUUAUGGACUCAUAGCUCCCAACUUUGGAGUUGGUUUUGCAAUUGAAGCAAACGGACACUCCGUUGCUGCCCUUGGGCAAACAGGAGAAUCCGUCACUCAGAGCGCGUUUGUUUGGGCUCAAGUCUGCGCACGGACCUGCUGCUGGGAACCUGGGGGCAGAGACCUCACAUGCAUUUUUUAUAAGGUUUGGUACAGAAAAGGAAUGGUGGAUUCGUCCAUGAUGCCCAUCAUGGGCUACCUGGUCGACCUGCGGCACGUGUCUGUCUACGGGAGCGUGUAUGCCAUUGCAGACGUAGCAUUCUGUAUGGGAUAUGCCAUAGGUCCUUCUGCUGGUGGGGCCAUCGCAAAGGCAGUCGGAUUUCCAUGGCUCAUGACCAUCAUUGGGAUAAUUGAUAUUGUUUUUGCUCCUCUCUGCUUUUUUCUUCGAAGUCCGCCUGCCAAGGAAGAAAAAAUGGCUAUUCUCAUGGAUCACAACUGCCCCAUUAAAACAAAAAUGUACACCCAGAAUAAUAUCCAGUCGUAUCCGAUAGGUGAUGAAGAAUCUGAAAGUGACUGAGAUCCUCAAAAGUCAUCGAAGUAUUUAAUUGUAUAAAACCGUGUUUCCAGUGAAAUGAAUCCUCCAGAACUUAGUCCUACCAUUCAUCCCUGGUGAAAGCAAAACCACCAAACAUUAUUCAUUCUUCUCCGUGGUUGUGAUUGAUUGCCAACAGCCUUAUAAAGAAAAAGCAGCUUUUCUAGGGGUUUGUAUAAAUAGUGUUGAAAACUUUAUUUUAUGUAUUUGAUUUCAUUAAAUAUUAUACAAUAUAUUUUGACGAAAUAGAUAUAGUGUAAAUCUAUAAAUAUUUGAAUCCAAAUUGAAUAUAAUUUUUAAAAAACUUACAUUCAUGAACACUUGGGCAAAAAAAUCUUAUAUUUUUUCUGAAUAUUGGUAAUGAGUGUUUAAAAUUAAAGCACACAUUAUCUCCGAGACACUUCCAACAUUGAGAAACUAGAAGGAAGUCUGAAAAACAGAAUCAAAUAAGACAGCAUAUGAUGCAGUGACACUGAGUGUGGUUAACUUGUAAUUACUACCCAUAUAUGAGCUGAAAGCUAGUUAUCUCAAAUGUAGAGGACAGGAACUUGAGUCCGUCAUCUUUUGAACUUACCCAUAAUUCAUAGCUGGUAUUAGCUUUCUACAGAAUCAUCUACCUGGAAACAGACGGUUGUAAAUUAUAUAUUUACAUGUCAUGUGGUUGGCAGCGGACACUAAAGCCAAUAGGGAAAAAUAGUAAAUGUUCUGAAAGCAGAGAAAAGCACCCAGAAGUAUAGUUAUGAACAACUAGCUUUCCCUUUCAAACAUAUACUUGAUUGGCUCAGGAUGAAAGAAAAUUGAGGGUAGAUACACCUUAUACUGUCAAGGUUGUAAAUUUAAGCAUGAUAGGAUAUAUUAACAUCUAGUUCAACUUUUAGAAAUUUAAAAGGCUAAUAGCUGCUAUGAUGUGAAAAAAUCUGUUAUCUUUGAUCUGUUAAGAGGUCAUCCAAGUGUCUUCUAGGAAUCUAUUAAGUUUUGAAUUGCAACUAUUUUUUAGACUUCUGAAGGUUGUUCACAUCAAUGUGAAAACAAAUUUUAAAUGAAGAUGGAGGAGGAAUGAAAUUAUCUUGAAUCACGUUAGGAAAACAGGUAAAAAUAAUAGGUCAGGACACAUUCCCUUUCAAAGACAGAAAAACCCUAGAAACAUCUAGAAAUGUCUGUAUAUUCUUCUGUCAUCUAGUGCUAUAUAACGUGGUUUUUCUAAGCAUGACAUGGACGUGACUUUUCAAUUUAACAGCAAAUACUGUGUUAGCACUGUGAGUUGCCAUCCGGUUUUGUAGAUGUGAUUGGAGUGUGCAGAUAGCAUAGAAAUGUCUCAGAUAAUACCUGUUAAUUCUGUAGCUCUGCUAUCAACAAAAAUUACCUAAUGUCUGUACUUUGCUAAGCUAAAAUUGUGUUUCUGUUAACUUGGACAAGGAGCAAAGAAGUUUAGAACAGGGACUCAACCUCGUCAUUCCCUAAGAGAGUAGCUAGUACUUUCUUUCCGUUUGCUUUAUGAAGCUUCUUGGACUGACCUGAAGUCUGGUUUUCAAGUGCAGUGUGGUGGAAGCAAACAAGUCUCCCACUCACAUAUUUGCACUGGGCAACUGACACAAAUCUGACGUCGUAAGAUGGCUCUAGAAGCACUCUCAUAUGGCUAACGUAAAUUGGCAGGAUUGGUCUCUACUUCCACAGGGGAGAUCCUUCAGGAACGUGCUACAGAUCAAUUCUCUUAGAGGGUUUGUGGCUCUCCCUGACCACAAUACUGUGUGAUUUACUCCAAUUUCAUUCUUGCCUUUAAGGCUUCAGUCUCUUCAAGAAUGACUGGCAGAGGCAUACCCAUUGUUGAUCUCUAGAACAUAAAAUACAUGUGAGUUUUUCAGAACUGUUCUG